GGCGAGAACACAUUCGACGGGUCAGCACGGGUCUCCGUAGUUUCAUUGACACGAUGUGCACACUCACACGAAUCCUUAGCUCCCUGUCAUCCCUACAUUUGAGCUCACACACUCCGAGCUGCUCCUUCGGCGCGCACAUCAUGUUCUCACCUUCCUCAUGCAUUUUUAUAUUUACACACUUCCCCUUUCUUUACCCGUGCUCAUUCCAAAACCAAUUUCUGUCCCCCUCGUCGCUAUAUCCAAUCACUUGCAGUUACCCCCAGUCGUCACGUACUCUGACAAUGUCCUCUAUAAUUGGGACAUCAUCCGCCCCAGGGAAAGCAAUGAGCUUGGAUUCCAGUCCCCUGCUCUGGACAACCUUCGCAGCCAGGACAUGUUCACUGGCACCAUAGACGAGCAAGAAUUUUACCUUGCUUCUGCUCGUAUAGAGCUCCGCGGAGUUGAGGCUCUCGAGCUUAUGCGUGCAACAAUGGACGAGAUGUUUGUCGGAGAUGCCAUAGCCAUCAGGCGAAUUUCCGCAUACCUCCACAAACUUGCCUCUGUUGUGCAAGACCUUAAGGGCAUCCUGCUCGACGUGCGUAAGGGCUGCGACCCCAGCACGUUUUAUCACACCAUCCGCCCAUGGUUCCGCGGCGCAGACUCCGACCCUGCCCACAGGAAAUGGGUGUUCGAAGGCGUUGAAGACCAGCCGACCAACCUCUCAGGGCCAAGCGCAGGGCAGAGCGCCCUGAUCCAUGCCCUAGACGUAUUUCUUGGACUGGACAAUUGCAAUGUGGUCGAAGGUGGUGUUACACCAGACCAACGUACGCUGCUGAGAAGGAUGCAGAUCUACAUGCCGCGCCACCACCGCAAUUUCUUGCGACAUCUCAGCACGAACCCACGUCAUGUGCGAACGCUCGUAACGCAAGCGAAUCCUGAUGCAGAGCUCCUAGAUGCAUACAAUUUUACAGUGCAGUCAGUGAAGGAGUUUAGGGAUGCGCAUAUCAAAAUCGUAGCAAUCUACAUUAUUGGACCUGCUGCCCGGGAAAGGAUGCAGCUCGAGGAGGCGGACCCAGAAGCUCAGGUCGCACAAAAGGGUGAGAGGGUGGUGCUGAGGGGCACUGGCGGGACGGAUUUAGUACGGUUCCUGAAAGGCGUGAGGGACAAGACUGCCGAGGCGGUCAUAGAGCCUACCCUGGAGUAGACCUCAAUUAUGCAUUGGAUCUGGGAUCCAAUAUUUACUCCUGUAUGGCGACAUACACCCUAUAAACUGCUGCGAAUGUGUACACACUCCCCUAGAUAGACGACACAAAGGUAGAUAACUGUUCCCUCUUUUUAUGAGGUCCAAUAGACUUAAUUCAGGCGUCG